AUGAUAGCCAUGGACAUGGUGCGCAAUGCAGGGGAUUUCUCCGAGCAGAGAGACAUGCAGAGGCAGCUGCACGAAGGCGCGGUCGGAGUUGCCCCUCGUGUCCCAGGGGACGCGGUUCAGUUGCCCCUUGAUGCCACCGAGCGCAAAAUGUUCUGCCCCGCGGAAAAGAAAUCCGGAGAAACAGAUUCCAAUAAAGUGUACGGGACGUUUUCGAGCGGUGCGCCCGUUCCUCCCCCGGUUCCUGCCCCUCUUAAGGAUGCCUCCGGGCCGUUUUUACCCCAAACGGAUAAAGCCAUGUCGCAGAAUAACUGCCCCUCCUCCGCGAAACAGGGGGCAAUGGUGGUUCUGGGCACAGAUGGUACUGCGUCUGUUCAGCUCAACCGGGAAGAGCAAGACGAUGAUGAAGAAGGUGAUGAGAAUAAAGCCAGAGGAAACUGGUCCAAUAAACUGGAUUUUAUUCUUUCUAUGGUGGGUUAUGCUGUGGGUUUAGGAAACGUCUGGAGGUUUCCAUACCUCGCCUUUCAAAAUGGAGGGGGUGCAUUUUUGAUCCCAUACCUGAUCAUGUUGGGUCUUGCUGGAAUUCCCAUCUUCCUUCUGGAAGUUUCUUUGGGCCAAUUUGCCAGUCAAGGACCUGUUUCUGUUUGGAAAGCUAUUCCAGCUUUACAAGGUUGCGGGAUUGCCAUGUUGAUUAUAUCAGUCUUGAUAGCCAUAUACUAUAAUAUAAUAAUGUGCUGGACACUGUACUACCUGUUCGCUUCGUUCACUUCGUUGAAGGGCUUAUUGCCAUGGACAUACUGUACAAACGAAUGGAACACAGCCGAGUGCAAAGACAAAGAAAUGCUGCGGCUAGAUUCCUGUAUCCUUCGAGAAAGAAACAUCACCUCUAUAAAGAACACUACAUUUUGUUUGUCUGCAAAUGUCACUGGGAGUUUAAGCAAGCUGCUAAAUCUCACCACGGAUAACAGAACCUAUGCCAGCCCCAGUGAAGAAUAUUUCAAAUAUAAUGUGUUGCACAUUUCCAAAGGGAUUGAGUAUCCUGGAGACAUCCGCUGGCCUCUGGCUGCUUGCCUUUUUCUAGCAUGGCUCAUUGUCUAUGCUUCCCUGGCUAAAGGAAUCAAGUCAUCAGGCAAGGUGGUGUAUUUUACAGCCACUUUUCCUUACGUGGUUUUGGUGAUUUUGUUGAUCCGUGGCGUGACGCUGCCUGGUGCAGGAUCCGGGAUCCUUUACUUCAUUACACCAAAAUGGGAAAAACUCAAUGAUGCCAAAGUAUGGAAGGAUGCUGCCACUCAGAUCUUCUUCUCCCUUUCCGCAGCAUGGGGAGGGUUAAUCACUCUCUCCUCAUACAAUAAAUUUCAUAACAACUGUUAUAGGGACACUAUAAUAGUGACAUGUACAAACAGUGCUACCAGUAUUUUCGCUGGCUUCGUGAUUUUUUCCGUCAUCGGCUUCAUGGCUCAUGAGCUUAAGGUGCCGAUCGAGAGGGUGGCAGAUGAGGGUCCUGGCAUUGCAUUUGUGGUUUAUCCCGAAGCCCUCACCAGGCUGCCUAUCUCUCCAUUUUGGGCCAUCAUUUUCUUUCUUAUGCUCCUCACGCUUGGGCUGGAUACCAUGUUUGCAACCAUCGAGACUAUUGUGACGUCUGUUGCUGACGAAUUCCCCAAAUAUCUGCGAAAGCAUAAACCUCUCUUCACCCUUGUAUGCUGUGUGUCCUUCUAUAUCCUGGGCUUUCCAAUGAUAAACGAGAGUGGCAUGUACAUGCUUCAGCUGGUUGAUACCUAUGCAGCCUCUUAUUCGCUCGUCAUACUCGCCAUCUUUGAGUUAAUUGGAGUUAGUUACAUCUACGGCUUGCAGCGGUUCUGUGAGGACAUUGAAAUGAUGAUUGGUUUCCAGCCGAACAGAUUCUGGAGGAUUUGUUGGGCUUUUGUAACACCUACUAUCCUCACAUUUAUUUUGGGACUGAGUUUGUACCAGUGGAAGGUGAUGACCUAUGAGGACUACACCUACCCCACCUGGUCCAUGGUGCUCGGCUGGCUCAUGGUCAUCUGCUCCGUUAUCUGGAUCCCCAUCAUGUUUGUCAUUAAGAUGUACAUUGCUCCAGGAACAUUCAUUGAGCGACUGAAGCUUGUGUGUUCUCCUCAGCCUGACUGGGGUCCUUUCCUGAUGAAGCAUCGUGGUGAGCGCUAUAAAAACAUGAUUGAUCCGCUUGGAACAAAUUCACUGGGGCUCAAACUUCCUCCUAAAGACUUCCAGCUCUCUGGCCCUUGA